AUGUCUUCCUUUGCUGCAAGGGGGAUUUUCCUCCUGGCCUCCGGAUCCGGCAGGAAGGCUGCCGACACUAUUGAUACUCUCUCGCCCAGCCGAGCUCUUGCUACUCGUUCCGCUGUCGCGCCGGCCUGCAAGAGGAGCCACCCGCGGAGAAACACGGUCAAACGCACCACGACGCACAAACGUACUCCUACUCCCGCGCGCAUUCCUUUUGUUGCGCUCAUGGGCCGCUAG